CAGCUCCAUAUUUUUGUGCAGGAUCUGUUUUUUUUUUUCUUUUCGAGUGCAAGAAAAAAGAAAACAACAGAUCGAGGAGGGAGCGACAAGCCGAGAUAAGAAAGACGGAGGGGAAAAGUGAGGGAUAAAGAGAAUAUUGAGGGGCGAGGCAAAGGAAAUUAAAGCCGAAAGGGAGGGAGAACAGAGUUGUUGUGUUGUGAUUUUUGCACGUUCACUCCACUCAUACAGCGUUGUAAAGUUGCUCCGCAGGGACACAGGAAGGACUUAUCAUGACGACCGAAUUGCAAGAGAUUGCCAUCAUGGAAGACAAGCCUUUACUUACGACUCAGACAGACGGCAUGAAGGAUGCCGAGAUUGCAGCCAGAAUAUUGUUGGACCGGGGGCAGGAGUACAAUGUUGAGACUCCACAUGGUUUUCUGCAUGUGACUCUGCAUGGCACAGGAAGCACUCGUCGGCCAGCUAUACUGACCCUUCAUGAUGUGGGAAUGGACAGUAAGAGCUGCUUCUCAUCUCUCUUCAAGUUUGAGGAGAUGCAGGAGAUCGUGAAGAACUUCACAGUGGUUCAUGUAGAUGCCCCAGGACAAGAGGAGGGAGCUGCACCCUAUCCUGCUGGGUAUCAUUAUGUCUCCAUGGAUCAGUUUGCUGAAAUGAUCCCAUCCAUCGUACAGUUCUUCAAUUUCCGUUCUGUGAUCGGAGUUGGAGUUGGAGCAGGGGCCUUUGUGCUCUCAAAGUUCGCACUUAAAAAUCCAGACUCUGUGGAAGGACUUGUUCUGAUAAAUAUUGACCCACACGCUCGUGGCUGGAUGGACUGGGCAGCCCAGAAGCUCAGCACACUGACUUCCUCACUUGCCGAUCAGCUUCUUGGUCACCUCUUUAGUCAGGAAGAGACUUGGGCCAACACUGAGCUUGUUCAAGCACACAGAGAAAGGAUUUCAACAGCCCUCAAUCUGACCAACAUCGACCUCUUCUGGAAGAGCUACAACAAUCGAAGGGAUCUGAACAUUGAUCGCAGCAACACCCUCAAAUGUCCUGUCAUGCUGGUGGUAGGGGACCAGGCACCAUAUGAAGAAGCUGCAGUGGAGUGCAACAGCAAACUGGACCCAACCACAACCUCAUUCCUAAAGAUGGCUGAUGCUGGCGGGAUGCCCCAACUUACUCAGCCAAGCAAGCUGACCGAAGCGUUCAAAUACUUCAUCCAGGGAAUGGGAUACAUGGCUUCCUCCUGCAUGACCCGUCUGUCCCGCUCACGCACCACCUCCCUCUCUUCAUCCUACUCCCUGGAGGGCUCUCGCUCACGAUCACGCACUCUCUCCCAGGGCUCCGUUGGUGGAAACAUGCCCCCUAGCCCCUCCAACACAAUGGAGGUGUCCUGCUGAAGAGCAAGAGAAAGAUUAUAAGACAGAGAGAGAGAGGGGUAGAUAGAUGGAUGGAUAGAUGAAUAAGUGGCAAGCCACUACUUUUGUGAGGGUCAUAACAAUCAGUCAUAUCCAUUCAUCAAAGUGUGAAGCAAGAAGAGAGACAUAGAGAGCGUUAUACUCCUCUUACCAAACUAAAUCUCAUUCUCAUAUAAUUCGCUCAUCCCAUACUUGGGGAAAAUGAGAGAUUCUUAAAGGAAGUGAAACGGAAACAAGGGGCACGGGGAGAGAGGCAGAAAAAAAAUCUCUCUCACUAUCCCUCUGUCUGCUUUACAUCUGAGGUGCAGGUAGGGGCCUGUAGAGAGACCCAAGAUGUAGUGAUAACCAAUAGUAAUACUUCUAAUAUAGCAUAUUGAUUAAUAAUGAUAUCAAAAUCAUGACAAUGUAAUUAAAAAAAAAACAUUUUGCUUAAUUACAUGUUGGGGAAAAAAAAACAAUAGAGUAGCAGUACUCAUCACGUGUCUUGAGUUCUUUUGGUAUACUAUUUGGUGUGUUUGGAGUGGGCUUUUGUAUGGAAUAUAAUUGUAAUAUUCAUGUGACGCUUAUAGGGCCAUGGUAACAGGUGUUGGAUAAAUACCAAUGUCUUUCGGUGGCAGCCAGCUCAUGUCUUCCAUUAGACUUAUUUGAGAACAAAAAUAAAGUGGGGAAAAUGUUAAAUUUGUGAAAAAAUGUUAAUGAGACGUUAGAAUCGUUAACUGCUCCCAACUGCGUGGUCGAAUCGCUACAAUCGCUUUUGGAUGUUAAUUAUGUGAGAGUAUAAGAAUUAUACUCUCACAUAAUGUUGAAUUUUACAGUUAAAAAAGAGCAAAACAGAAAUUUUUUUUUACCUGGAUAUUUUUUUCAACAUCAGCAGAAUUGAUUUUAUUUUAGUACGGCUGUAUCCCAAACCUUGAGUGUUUGAAGAAAUCCAAUCAACCAAGUAAUAAGUCUAAAACAAACUUAACGCUGGUGUAAGAUCUAAAAAUCAGCACGUUACUGAAGCCUAAAAAUUCUUACUGCACUUUAAAUAGAAACAAAUUAGUCAUUUGAACAUAUUGGAUCUCACAAUGCCUACAGUUUAUUAACAUACAGUAUACCCCCAGAUGUACUUCCAAUUCCAGAGAAAAACACAAUGACCCUUAUUCAACGAAGUUGUGUAAAAUUAAGCUCAGUCUUGGAUCCGUGACGUGACACGAGAAGAAAACAUGCAUUUGUAUAAUGAAAUUAUCUGUUGCCUGGAGUUUUAAUGCGCAAAAAAAAAAAAAAAGUGCUGAAUCAGCUCCAUCUGAUGAACUUAUCCUAACUAAUUCUUUAUAUACAUGCCCCAUGCAUGACAUUUCCUGAUUUUACCUCACAAUCUUUGAGCUGUUUAAGGUUCCAUUCGGCAGGAAAGUUUAUCGAAUGUUUGUAGCUUAGUUUGCAUCCCUUUUUUGAACUCCGGUCAGAUUUGACUGAAAUCACAGCGUAUGUGUAAAACCAAUCAAAUUCUUAGUUCAUUUAAAAGACAUGAGUUAAUAAGUUAUGUCUGAUUUUUGUAUUAUUAUUAUAAUAACCUAGACUGCAAUAUCUAAAACUCUGAAUGCCAGGUCAAUGCUUUAUGAUGCCUUUAUAAUACACAAAUUCAUUACUGUUACUUAAAUAAGCCACUUUGAUUUCCAUUGACAAACUACUACACUACUACUGCACUACGCCCCAUUAAAUAAAUUUGACUUCAAGGUUACCUUAUACUGCUUUACUCACAAUAUUGGCUUACUAUCGACUUGUAUUUUAGUUUUUAGUUUUUUAGCCUCAUGAAUGGCCUCCUCUAUCAAAGCAAUCAUGAUUCUGACAAUGAUGAUCUGCCAGCAAAUCCACUGCCGUUACACUGUCACUAAUAAUAGUCAAACGAGGAGAAAUUGAUCUUCAAACUAAGGUGUAUGGAUUUCAAGCUAAUCCUUGGACACACAUCUGAUGUGUGUUGUCUUUGUGUGCUCGAUUACACACUACUAAUCAAAGCUUCAAUAUAAUUUUUGAUCCAAUACAGAAAUCAGUCGUUCAAUUCAGUCACAAAUCUGAAGUUGCUUGUUUACGGCGUACACUGCCAGCGCAUUAGCUAACUAGCUUUUGCCUGAAAGCCUCUGGAGGAACUGGCAAGUUUAAACCGAUGUAACAAACAGCCAUAUAUUCAUGGAUACAGCCAAAUUACAAACCAAUACAAGAAUUGCCCCCCUAGACAGCACUUUUGUAUUGAAGAAGCCAUGAUAAUCAGCCCAGCACUGCCGUAUAACACCAAAUCAUUAGACAAUUCUCUGUAGACAUGACACAGUAUCUUGUUAAGAGUUUGCUAUACGUAUCUGUUUGAUAGGCCACAUCAGUGUACGUGUCUCAUGUAGCCAGAUCGCACUUAAACCUAGGGACUUGGUUCCAAUUCUGUUUUUAGGAUUUCCUUAGCAACGCCAGAAUUUCCUGAGGUAAUUGAUAAACUUAAAAUAAAGUUUUCAUAUUGAAGACCAUUGCUAGCAAGGAACUGCUGCAACAAAUUAUCACAACAGAAGUACAAGUCAGCAAAACUAUCGAAUCGGUUGAAUCGUAGCCAGAUUUUUUAUUUCUAGGGGUUUUCUGUAAAAGCGAAUAAAGUAGCUGUUACUAUCUCUUGCUGUGAGUGGUGAUUGGUGGCGUCGCACUAUUGAAUUGUACCGGAUGUUAAAAACACUAUUGGACCCCAAGGCUGGUUCAUGUUAUGUCUUUAGUGCUUUAGUUGGAGCUAAAGAACAGCCGUUGCUGAAAUAUGGCAUUGCUAGUGUAAGGCUUCACCAAAAAAGAGUAAAGGGAAAAGUCUUGUAGUUUACUCCAAGGGGGUUAAAAGGGUAAAAAAAAUGGAAGUGUCAGUUCUUGGGCUGGAGCUGUGUGAUUGUUCUUCCACUUUAUAUUUUAUUUUAUUUUUUUUUACUUUUUUUUCUUUAAUCAUACCCUUUUAAAUGCUCAAUCCUCCCAGUGUUUCUUGUUGUACUAGGUUACUGUCUCACUGUUCUCACAGGUUAGUCAGUGUGCUAGUUCUUGUGUAACCUUUUUUUAGUAUUAGAAUGUAAUAAAAAGGGGGGAUUAACAUUAUUAACAAAAACAUGUGUAACAAACUACAAUCCAAGUUUCUUGUGUGGAUAAUUAUGUGUAAUGCUAUGAACAACCGAAAAAAGCUAUUAAUAAAAAGGAAGUAAACCAG